GGCGGCGGCGGCGGCGGCGGCCCACCCCGCCCCCAGCUUUUGGUCACCUCACGGACGACCCUGACGCCCUCCCCUCUCGACCCGUAGCUACGGCCCCGCGGCCUUGAGAGCUUCCCGCGGGCACGCGCCGGCCGAGCGGCCCGGGAGCCCCGAGGCCGGAGCCGACAGGGCGGCUCCUCCCACCAGCCCGGAGCGCGUGCGGAGGUGGCCACCAUCUUGGCGCAAGGGCCAAGGCCUGCCUUCGCCGACAUAGCAGCCGGGUGACGUCACAGCCGCCGAGCGCGGCCCCGGUCCCGCCCCGCCCCCUCCGCCACAGUCCCCCUCGGCGGCCCCGGCUCGCUCCCUCCUCUCCGACCCACCUUCCCUCAGGCUCGGCGCGUUCGGCCGGCGCCCCCCCCCCCCGCUUCCCCCGGCGCCGCCGGCUCCCCUUCCCCCUCCGGGGGCCCGCCCCGGCCCUCGCCCCGCCCCCGGCUGCCCGCGUGCCCCAGGGCGCUCGAGGCUCGCCUGACUGACAGCCGGAGGGGAGGCGGCGACGCCGGCCGCGAGCGAGCGGGGGGAUGCCUACCAACUGCGCGGCGGCCGGCUGCCCGGCCAUCUACAACAAGCACGUCAACAUCAGCUUUCACCGCUUCCCGCAGGAGCCCAAACGGCGCCGCGAGUGGGUCCGCCUCCUGCGGCGGGACAACUUCGUGCCGGGCAAGCACGCCUUUCUGUGCUCCCGCCACUUCGAGGCCUCCUGCUUCGACCUGACAGGCCAGACGCGCCGCCUCCGGGCCGACGCCGUGCCCACCCUCUUCGAUUUCGGCCGCGCGCGUCUCAAGGGGCCGGCCCGGACGGAGGGCAGAGGCCGCGGCACGGCGGGCGAGCAGGAAGAGCCCGAGCGGCUUCAGCAGCAGCCCGAAGCCGAGGUGGAGGACGACGAACCCCAGAUAGAGCCGGAGGCCUCCGCCGCCGGGGCCCAAGAAGACGAGGACGAAGACAACGAGGAGGAGGAGGAGGGGGAGAGGGAGGGAGGAGAGGAAGACGGAGAGGGCCAGGAGAAUGGCGAGGAGGAGGAGGAGGAAGAGGAAGAAGAGGAGGAAGACGACGACGACGACGAGGAGGAGGAGGAAGAAGAGGAAGAAGAGGCCCACAUCGAAUUGGAGAUCGACGACGUGAUCGAGAUCGAGGCCGAGCCGGAGUCCCCGGAGCCCGCCGGGCCCUCCCCUCCUCCCCCGCCCCGCCCCCCUCCCCGGCCUCCUCCGGCGGACAGCGCACCCCUCGUGGGCUGGCAGCAGGUCCUUCAGGACCACAGCUACGCCUUCCGCAGCCCUGCCGAGGCCAAGAGGCGCAUCAUCCGGCUGGAGAAAGAGAUCGCCUGCCUGCGGAGGCGCAUUCGGGAGAGCAUGUCCAAGGACCCCCUGCCCGGGGGCUCGCCCAAGCCCUGAGGCCGCCUCAGGAGCAAAGAGGGGGCCCGGGGCAGCUGGCAGGCCCCGGCCCCAGCAGCCACCGUGGGCCUGAUGCAGCCUCCCGGGCCGCCCGCACUCCCCCCGCCGCCGUCGCCAGCGCCCCCCGCCCCCCGGUCGCCGUCG